AUGUGGUGGCUUCCUCGAGCCAAUGAGACGGCCCAGAGAGAGGCUGUGCCAGAAGUCUCUCGCUCGUGUGAAAUCGUCUGGCUCUCGACCACAACCUCUGACGAUAUGUGCGAGUGCUGCAGCAGGGCUCGGUGGCAGCCUGCAGCCCUUCUCAUGCCCCGCUCUCUCACCAUGCUGGACGAGGAUAUCUGACCACUCAGCUCCAGGAACGUUCAUACUGUUUCCUCUCUUUUUCUCCUUUUUCUCUGAGUAGACGUUAAGAAUCUGGGUCAGGAAAUGGAGAACAAACUGGCCAAGGCGCUCUACGACAACACGGCCGAGUGCCCUGACGAGCUGGCCUUCCGUAAGGGGGACAUCCUGAGGGUGGUGGACCGCAGCGCGGUGGGCACCAGCGGCUGGUGGCUGUGCUCUCUGCAUGGCCGGCAGGGCGUGGCCCCCGCCAACCGGCUGCAGCUCCUGCCCCCGCCCGCUCCGGCCCCCGGCACCGGGGCCCCCGAGUGGCCGGGCCCCCCCCAGGCCGAGGACCACGCCCGGCCGCAGAACAUCUACCAGGUCCCCAGCGUGCCGCGGCCCUCCAGCAGCCCGCUGUAUGAGCGCAUGGACAAGAUCUACAAGGCGCCCUCCUCUGCCCCGAGGGGCCCCGGCUCCCCGGCGCUGAGGGGCCCCGGCUCCCCGGCGCUGAGGCACGGCUGGGAGUCGACGGAGGCCAGCCGGCUCACAGCCUUCGGCUUGUCUUCCUCCCCCGAUGGGGGAGUGUACGAUGUCCCGAGCAGACGGCCCUCCCUCAACCCGACGCAGAUAUCCCAGAGGAAGACGUGCCGUAAAACCUCGCUGACCUCGCCGGCGGGGGAGAGCCCAAGAUGCAGCAGUCCCAACGACACCUACGUCUACGCAGUCCCCCCAGCUCACUGCCGGGAGCCGUGCUACGACGUGCCCGUCCCCUCCACCACCGACGCCCUGCAGAGGACGCUCAGCAGCUGCAACACGCUCCCGAGCCGCCGCAAGGGCGACUGGAUCUACGACGUCCCCGUGUCACCGGAGAAGCCGGGGCUCAGCGCGGCGUCCGGCGGCACCCUCCCCUCCAGAGCCCCCGGCCGGCAGCUCUUCCCUCCUCCUAGCGCCGCCCCGGCGCCACUCGGCCCCCCCGGCCCCCCCGGCCCCGGCCUGUACGCCGUCGUCAACGCCGGCCCCCCCCCCGAGCGGCCCCUGAGCGGCGCCGACCUGCCCGCGCUGCCGCCGAGGGUCUGGGCGUCCGUCUACGGCCAGCCCCCGGCCCGGAGGAGCUCGGAGGAGCAGGUCUACGCCGUGCCUCCGCAGGACAAGGUGUGCCACAUCCCCCUGGAGUGCCGGGGCGACCCCUCCUACCCGUACGACCACACCCGAGCCCGCCUGCAGAGGAUGAGGACGGUCUUAGGCCCCGCCUCCCUCCGCCAGCGGCCGGGGAGCGACGACCCGCUGCUGCUGGAGGACGAGGGGGGGCGCUCGGACUCCCGCCGCGCGGCCACCGACAGCCAGCGGAUCAGCACGGCCUCCAGCUCCUCCACCUCCUCCACCUCCUCCACCUCCUCCUGCGACUCCACGGCCCUGAGCUCCUCCUCCUGCUCCCCGGACCCCCUGCGGGAGGUGGGCCUGAGCCAGGAGGAGGCCGGCGCCAGGCUGCUGGAGCUCCACGAGGCGGUGGGCCGGGCUGUCCACCUCCUCAUGGACUUCGUCAGCAGCAGCUGGAGGAGCAGGGAGCACCUGGAGAAACACCUGGAGGAGAUCCGGGCGGCGGCGGAGGGCAUCGACCGCGCCGUCAGCGGCUUCCUCGCCUUCGCCCUGGACGUCAAGGGCAACGCCCGCCACCUGACGGACGCCAACCUGCGGACGCGGCUGCUGAAGCAGCUGUCCAUCGUGGAGGACUCGGGGCUCAUCCUGCGGCAGACGGUGGGCUCGCUGAGCGCGUCCGGCUGGCCCCUGGACGCGCUGUCCCAGGACCCCGGCCUGCUGAACACGCCGGACCAGCUGGAGCGCUUCGUGAUGGUGGCGCGCACCGUGCCCGAGGACGUCAAGCGCCUGGUGUCCAUCCUGAACGCCAACGGCCGGCUGCUGUUCAGACCCAACCAGAGGGAGCCGGGGGACGGGGGGCCGGGGGACGGGGGGCCGGGGGACGGGGGGCCGGGGGACGGGGGGCCGGGGGACGGGGGGCCGGCCGCCGCCGCCGCUGGGGGCCAGCAGAACGGGGACGCGGUGGACGACGACAACGAUUACGUGCAGCUUCAGACCAAGAAUGAGUUUGAAAGGCAGAAACACCGCCGGGAAGCGGACACCCCAGACGGCACGCCCUCUGCUGCCACGGGCCACGAGGAGACGAUCCCCCCGGGCGCCCCCCCCCCGGCCCAGGAGGGGGUGCCGGCGGGCCCCAGGCCGGAGCACUGCCGGCUGUACUUCGGGGCCCUCCAGAAGGCCUUGGGGGGCUUCGUGGGCAGCCUCCGCGGCGGGCAGCCCCCGGAGCAGUUCAUCCCCCACAGCAAGCUGGUGAUCAUGGUGGGCCAGCGGCUGGUGAACACGCUGUACCAGGACGCCCGCGGGACCCACGCCCGCCAGAGCCUGCUGUGUAAGAGCAGCCACCUGUGCGCCCUCCUCAAGCAGCUGGCCGUGGCCACCAAGAAGGCCGCGCUGCACUUCCCCGACAAGCAGGCUCUGCAGGAGGCGCACGACUUCGCCGGGGAGCUCGCCCAGAAGGCACAGCACUUUCGGAUCUCGCUGGAUCUCUGAGCGCGUUAGAGCGCGCUGGACGGGGAGCGAGCAGUCGGACGCGGCCGGGGUCGGGCUGCUGCUGGAGGACUGGGUCCGAGUGCCGCCUGCGGUACUCUCAAAAGGCCGGUGCGUGUGAGGUACGGGUGUUCGGCGAUACCGCUCUCGCUCGCCUCCUCGGCCCCCCCUGUCCCUCGUCUGCCUUUGUCUCUGUAUAUAUUAAUAUAUAUUCCUCACAUCGGAACGUCAUGAACUCUGCUUCCAUGUGAGUCUUAGAGGAGGCCACUGAAAGCUUGUCUGACUCGUGUUCAGGAAACUAUUUGUGGAGAUUUUAAAAUAUGUUGCACAUUGAGAGUGGCUUAUCUUUCCAAGUCAGUUAGAAAAGUAUAUAAUGUAAUUUGCUUGUUAUGUUUUACAACCAUUUAAAAUUUAUUUCUGUUGGACACAUGUUUUCAAUUCUAAUGUCGUAUUUUAUACAGUUGAGACUAGCUGUUUGGCAAUAUAAACCUUUUGUGAAUAUCAUGUAUAUAACCUAAAUGUGUUAUGCAUUCCCAAGCUUUUCACACUUAUGAAAGGGUACAAUAAUUAACCAUUGAUUAACAUUAGUUAAUACAGUAAUAAGGAUUAACUAACAAUUAACUGCAGGGAAUUAACAGUUAAUUAAUGGUGUAGUUAUAAUUUAACCGAGGUAAUGUUUUUUAUGUAAACUAGGGUAUUAAUUUAUGCAUGAUGUAAUACCGUUUGGAUCAUAAAUACCAUUAGUAAAAUAUUACUAGACCAUAAGUCAACUGUUAAUUACCAGUUCAUUAUUGUUCCCUUAUUGUAAAGUGUUACCAAUAAAAUAUGGAAAUGUCAUAUUUUCUAUUGAAACUAAGAUUAAAACUAUUUGAAACCAACGUUUUUUUUGGUAUUUAAGCCCAAAACAAAUAAUACACUUGCUGUGUGUUCUAUACCAUCACAUGUUUCUGAUAAACAAAUUGCAAAUA